UGAAUCGAUCAUAAUUUUGGAAGUGAAGGUAAUAUAUGCAGAUAAAAAGACUCUUUCCCCACACUUGAUUUCAUUCUUCUUUCCUUGCCAUCCCUGCUCCCUACCAUAACAAGUCUUACACCAAAAAACACACCUCAGGAGAAAAGUACGCCAAAUACCAUAAAUUACCAGGUACCUUUUCCCUUUCAAUCCCUUCACACGUUUCCCCGUUCAUCAUCAUAACAUCAAAUCACUCAACAUGUCUGCCAAAAUGUUAACCGGUGAAGAAGUGGCAAAGCAUAACAACAAAGAAUCAUGUUAUGUCAUCGUUCAUGGAGAAGCAUACGAUGUAACCGAAUUCUUACCUGAUCAUCCAGGAGGUCAAGGUAUCAUUCUCAAAUAUGCCGGAAAAGAUGCAACAGAUGCAUACGAUCCAAUUCAUCCACCCGGAACAUUGGAAGAAAAUCUUCCAAAAGAGAAAUGUUUGGGAAAGGUAGACAUGUCUACUGUCAAACAAGAAAAGAAGGAAGAAUCAGAAGAAGAUAAACAAAUCGCAAAGAACAAAGAAGCUAUUCCUCCUUUGGAUCAAUGUUUGAACUUGUACGAUUUCGAAGUGGUUGCCCGUCAAGUUUUAAAGGGUACCGCUUGGGCUUAUUAUUCUUCCGGUUCAGAUGAUGAAGUUACAAUGCGUGAAAACAACAACGCUUUCGGUCGUAUUUGGUUCCGUCCACGUAUUUUGAGAGAUGUUUCCACUGUGGAUUACAGUACUUCUCUUUUAGGAUGGAAGUCUUCUUUGCCUAUUUAUAUCACAGCUACCGCUUUGGGUAAAUUGGGACAUCCAGAAGGUGAAAAGAAUCUCACAGUUGCUGCUGGACGUGAAAAUAUUAUUCAAAUGAUUCCAACUUUGGCCAGUUGCAGUUUCGAUGAAAUUGUUGACGCUCGCACUCAUGAACAACAAACACAAUUCUACCAAGUAUACAUCAAUUCCAACCGUGCAGUGACUGAAAAGACACUUAAACGUGCAGAACAACGUGGUGUCCGUGCUCUAUUCGUCACCGUUGAUGCACCUCAAUUGGGACGUCGUGAAAAGGAUAUGAGAAUCAAGUUUGACGAUGUAGGAAGUCGUGAGCAAGUUGAAAACAAGGACAAUGUAGACAGAAGUCAAGGAGCAGCACGUGCAAUUUCUUCUUUCAUCGAUCCAAGUUUGAAUUGGGACGAUUUGCAUUGGUUACGCAGUAUCACACGUUUGCCAAUCGUUCUCAAAGGUGUUCAAACUUGGGAAGACACCGUUCGCGCUGCAGAGAUGGGACUUUCUGGUGUCGUACUUUCCAAUCAUGGUGGUCGUCAAUUAGACUUUGCCAGAUCGGGUAUUGAAGUUUUGGCAGAAGUUGUGCCUGAAUUGAAGAAACGUGGAUUAUACUCUUCCAAUUUCCAAUUAUUUGUUGAUGGUGGUAUUCGUCGUGCAAGUGAUGCUCUUAAGGCGAUCGCAAUGGGCGCAACUGCAGUGGGUAUCGGUCGUCCGUUCUUGUAUGCUUAUUCAGCUUAUGGAGCAGAUGGUGUUCAACAUGCUAUCAAAAUUCUUAAAGCUGAAAUGGAGAUGGAUAUGCGUUUGAUCGGUGCUCCCACCUUGAAGGAUUUGGUUCCUGAAAUGGUUGAUACCCGUGCUUUGAACAUGCAUACAAGCGUUCCAAGUACAAAUGCAGCAACUGUUUAUGAACGUAUCGGUACAGCAGCAGAUCCUUCUGGCUCUAAGUUGUAGAGGGAAGAUUCCACAUGUGUUUAUAUUCUUGUCAUCAUUAUCAUUGUUUUCU